CUGAUGCACGCUGUAUCCACGAGCGCUGCCCAUACUGCCCCGCGUCGAUGGCGGACAGACGCUUGAGGGCCCCUAGAUCGUAGUUGCGCUCGUCUGCGAUGUGGGACCACACGGUGCCGACGGUGGCCUGCUUGAGGUGGGGGAAUGCGACGGGCUCCUCGUUGUCCGGCAGGUCGAUCUUCUUGAACUGGCCGGUCUUGUCGCGCAUCAUGCGCUCGACGGUCAGGCGCGCGUGGCGGUCGGUCACCUGGCGGCGGUUGUGCUGCAGCCCCAGUGCCUCCUUCUCAGUGGACACCGAAGCCUGCAGCACGACGCUCUCGACGGUUGGGGCCAGGCUCUCGAGAGCAGAUACAGCAGCGACGGGGGGGUGGGGCGGUGGUUGAUGAGCAGAUGCUUGCACAACGAACGACCUACACACACCACAACACAUCUGGUGUGUGCCCAUUCCCGUCUGUUCUUUCAUCGCUCCGUUACUUACGCGUCAAAUUCUUGGUGGUGUCCAUGGAUGGCCACGUAGGCUCCCUGGCCUGCAUGGACACAUACAAGCCAGGAACGCAUCCAAUGUCGGUGCAUUCCGGUGUGGAUCUUUCUUACGAGCUCAAACGUCUUGUGCGCCCCCCCGCUGCCUUUCUUUUGGAGCAUUUUGGCGGUGGCGCUUUUCGGCGGGGUCAUCAUGAGGUCGUAGACCCACCCGACCGGCUUACUAUCCAUCCACUUAUCGAUGUCCGUCAGGUGGACCCUUGGACCGACGCGCCACCACGUGACGGCCAAGGCGCCCAACAGGACCAGCAAACUGUGCAUCGCGCUGGAAUACACCAUCAU